AUGCGUGUUCUUUUCCUCGUCGCGCAUGUUGAUCCAACACACAAGGCAACAGCUUUCAGAUUUGCUGACUCCGCAAAGGCAGCCUUAGAGAAGGCUGGCCAUGAAGUCAGAUACGUUAACCUCGUUGAGUCUGGCUUUGACAGAACAUUGACAGCCAAGGACUUCAAGAAGAUCCCAGAUGGCACAUUCUCAAUCUUCGCAGUUACAGGCCAAGACAACUUGAUUGAUGAAAUCAAGGUCCAGCAAGAGAAUCUCAAGUGGGCAACACACGUUGUCAUCUUCGCCCCAAUGUGGUACGGCAGAUUCCCAUCAUGCGUCUAUGCAUAUACAGAGAGAGUUCUCAACGUUCCAUUUGCUUGGGACUUCGAGCACAUGCUCGACAAGGGCUAUCUCGCCGGCAAGAAGGUUACAUCUGUAAUCUCUACAGGCAGUGCACCAAUGUUCUUCGAUCCUAAGGAAGGAAACGGCCUUGAUGCUUACACAUGGAGUGCUCUCUACGCUUUCAACUACUCUGGCUUCACAAUCCUCAGAUCAAUCGGUAUUCAUGGCGCAAACUCACCAAAGAGAAUUGCCAUGCAGCCAGAACUUCAGCAGAAGCUCAACGAGAAGCUUUUGAACCUCGAUAACUGGAAGGUCAUCACAGACAAGAAGUUUGUUCCACUUGCCACACUUGACCAAAUCACAGAUCCAGAAAACUUGAUCCAAUAA